GCGAUUCUGUUGCGUUUUCUGCUUGUCGAUUGGAUACGUGACUAUGUGGCCUGAGAUGGAUCAGAUGCCGCCGCCCCUUCCAAUGUGUGUCAGCCGAACAGGGCGCGUGCCUGGCAUAUCAACGAUGCGAGUGGUUUAGAUAUUUUAAUAUAAAAAUGCGUAAGUCCCAAACAUUUGAUUGCAGUUUCUAUUGUAACGUCCAUCAAAAUGCUGGCAAAGAUAAUUCCAUUGAUUGCUUUGAUGGCUAGUGUUCGAGGAGAGCUGCCUACUAGUCGGGGAGCUCCAUAUGCCCCAGCUGGAUGGCAGCCACGGGUUCCCUUCAAUCUACCCAACGAGUACUUCGCUCCCAUCCGUACUGAUCAGGGUUCAGGUGUGAAGAUCACCAAGGAACGCGUGGAACAUGCUGGACGAAUAGACACGCCUCAAUCGAGCUAUUUGCCUCCUUCUCACUCCCUACUAGAUGUGCCCGAGGAGGAGGGCUUGCCCAAUUCCAAUCUGGGAAACUCUCCGAACAGGAACUCCCUCCGUCCAUCCAAUCAAUACGGUGCUCCUAAUCCUGAUCCUAAUCCUGCCUUCAAAAUCAUCUACCCCGAUGAUGAGGAGUCGUCUACUUCUGAUUCGGCCAACCAGCGGCAGUCCAACGUAAGAGAGGGUCGCUAUUAUAUCGUUUCGAAGGAUAACAAAAUACAGAGGGUUUCAUUCCGCGCACUGCAGAAGGUCGAUGAUGAUGAUGACUUUACGGCGCAGCUGAGGUACUCCACCGUGGGUCAGCUGCAGGAUCCGGUCUAUCGGUACAACAGCCAGGGACAACUGGAAAGGGUCCUCAAGUAGACUCUCUUCAACUGAAAUUGUAAAGUUUUCCAGGAUAAAAAACUAUGUAGUUUUUGUUCUUUUUCUGACUUUGUUUUAUACAAAAAUGCAUCUUUAUUCGUUUAAUUAUUAAAUAUACACAAGAAAUCUCAUAUGUUCGUUUC